AUGGGGUGCUUAAAUUCAAAAUCGGUUUCACGGAGGCAGAAAGAAAGACUCAAAGAUGGUAAGUUGCCCGAGUCAACCGUAAAGAACGGGACCCUGAAGAAAGACCCCAAAAAUCUAGCAGCUUCUUUGACGAAUGAAGAGUCACUCGUGCAAUAUAAUUCCUCUUUGACAAAUCAUCAUGGCUCAUCGAACUGUUUCGAGCAGUUUUUGCGUUCAGUAUUGGAGGGGGCAGAAACCCUAUUCUGUAGCCUACCCGAUUCACAGGCUGUGAAGAAGGUUAUUGCCCUAACCUUUAUGAAUUCAUGCGUGGAGGUUACGCGGACAAAGUUCCGUCUGAAGUUUGAUGUUAUUAUAGGUAUGGUUGGUAAACUGACUCAGUGUCUAAAUUCAAAUCUGUUAAAUGGAUCCUUAGACGAUCUUGAGGAACGUACAAUGGAUGAUAGUUUCUCGAGAAUUCUAUUAGCGUGGUAUGUCAAAAAUCCAACAUUUGAUAAGGUCAUAUCACCGGAAGCCGGCCAGGCAGUUCUAGACACCUUAUAUAUUCGCUACACGACAACCAAACCGGUUACCUUUGAGGACAUUCUCAGAUUUCAAUUCCACUGGGUACUUCUUAAUCAGGCCGCCCUAGAAGUAUAUUACGACAUUUCAAAAGGUAAAGAUCUUGUUACCAUUAAACAACUAGGACAUUUCUUGCGCGAGGUGCAAUGUGUCGAAACCACGGAUCACCAACUAAUGGAAAAAUUCAAGUUCCGUUUUGGCGGUGGCAUUCACAAGUACAACUUUACUAGCUAUAACGGGAGUGUGUUGACCAAUAACGCGGUCGAUCCUGCACGAACCUCAGAUAUAUGGCAAGAUAUGACCCAAAGUUUUACCCAUUACAUGAUAAAUUGUGCUUGUAUUAAAACUGAGAACGACUUGAAGCGGUUUAUUAAUGGCUCCGGCAGGGCAUUGGUGCUCAAUAUCAAAAAAGACGAUAAUGGGGCGAUUUACUCCGAACAUUGUCCUUUACAGAGUUUGUUAGAUUGCAUCAAAAAGAACGCCUUCACGACGAAUGCCUAUCCCAUCAUCCUCUGUUUUUUGCCGAGUGCCGCUUUUUCCAUAGAAUUACAGGAUGAAGUGUCUGUACUCCUUAACAACACCCUUGGCCCGAUGCUUGCCAAGGGUCCGAUCUUCGAGGGGGCGAUUAUUAAUGAUCCCAAAUUCAGCCCAAGCGCCCUACGAAAGAAAGUCCUCGUGAUGGCAACCCAGUGCGCGCUAAAGCCAUUUAUUGGGUUUAUGGUGGCAGAUAUGCACAAAGAUGGGCUUGGGGUACGUGUGACCCAUGUCAUGGAAGGAACCCCGGCGACAAAAAGUGGGCUUUUAAAAGAUGACUGGCUCACACAUAUCAACAACAUGCCCAUAAAGAAUAAAAAGCACCUGCGAGAGUACCUUAUGAACCUAAAAGUUGGGGAGGAUUUCACCAUAAAGCGCGAGAGCCUGGAUGAGAUCAAAAUCGUGGUGGGGGGCAUUGUUGAUUCCGACGAUACAUCGGCCUCCCUGGAACUUUCCGCGGUGACGUUUUUUCGAUUCGCCUCCGGGAAGGAUUACAAAACCUGCGAUGUGGAGAUGAUCGGGGUGGAUAAAAUUCCGUCCUUACAGCAUAAAACCCGGGACGUCUUUUUGGAUCAUUUCGCCUUUGUUAGCCUUCCCAAAGCCUCGAGUGGGGCUUUCACCCCCGAGGGUCUCUGCUCCAACGCCGGGAUUCAAUUUAUCAGCGUCGGGAAUGCGGAGGCCUCGAUCGCGUGGUCGAUCGGGCGGUUUACGGACAACGGGCAGUGCGGGUAUCUCCUCAAAACCGACGCGGACGCCAACACGACGACAGAUUUGACGAUGAAAAUCAUUUGUGGGCCGCGAUCGGUGAAUUGUCCGGCGCUGUCGGAGAUGUCCGUCGUCGUCCACGGCAAUGGAUCGGUGCGAAAUGCGGGAAAACAGCUCACCUUUACCGCGACCAACGUCCGGACCAUCGUCGUGGUGAAAAUGCUCUUUGCGAAGGACGGCGUCGAGCGAAGUUUCACGUCGUCGUUCUGUCCAUUGCUGAUCCGGCCUGGCUAUCGCGCCCUGCCGUCUUUCACAACAGGGGAUAAAUCUCACCCCCAAUCUCAAGUCCACGGUAUCUAUGUCUUUUCGAAACGUUAG